CUACUCGCUAGAGCCAUUAUUAAUGUUAAUGAUGGUAAGCUUGUUCUUAAGGUUGGGGAUGAAGAGUUGUGUAUCAUUCAAGGUGAGGAGAAUGAUGGGGAUGACCCCAUUAGAGUUGAGCAAGUAGCUCGUCUAGAAGCUACCGAGUUCAUGAUUCGGAAGAAGGAGUUUGAGGAGAUUAAAAGAG